GCUUCGGCCGCCGCUGUCUGCACUCCUGCCGCCCCUUCCUCGGAUACUCCGGCAGGGCAGCACUGCCCGGCGAGGACAGAUAGGUGCAGCCCGGGCCUGACGGACGAGCAGUCGGGGACGUGAACUCCCACCUCCAGUUUGGCUCAGUGCCGGGCGGCAGAGGCUGCAGUCCCGGGGUGUGGGGUGGCCCCCGCGGUCUCCGCCCGGUUCCUGCGCGCCGCCUCUGCUCUUUGCAUAGUAAUUUCAGUUCCUGCUAGCACCCGGCUCCCUCUCGAACAGGUCUGAAAAGGACCGCUGCUCCCGAGCCCGCUGAGGCUUCGGUGUGGCGCCGGGAGCCGCUGCGUGUGAUAUGCGACGGGAAGCCCUCGCCAAAGCGCAGGCAGCGGCCCCGCCACGCCAGAGACAGCCAGGCAACAGCAGAUUGGUCCUUCAGAGGAAUCACCCCUGAUUGCAUCUUCACUUUGAGCUUCGGCUGCUUCCGUAUAGAAGCGCUGUCCAGGUGCGAGCUCCAAGGUUUUUCCUGGAGAGAGAUUCCAUGGGGACUGUACCUGACCCUCUGAGAUCAGCCAAAACAUCCCUGAUUGCAGCUUCUGGAGAAGAAGAGGGCCUGGGAGAGGUGCAGGCUGCCUCACCCCAGCCUCGACCAGAAGUCCUGUGUGAGAACACCAAUGGCCUUUCCAGCACUCCUGCAGAGCCAGAUCUCAGCCCCAGAACAGCUGCCAAGGCCCUGAUGCAGGCCGAUGAGCAUGUGCCCUCGCAGCCAGCCAUGCCCUCUCCUGACAUUGUCAGUGAGGUGGGGAAGGCAUCUCCCACACUCAACUCUCCUGGCAAUACUCAGCUGUCAGGGGGCAGAGAGCCCACAGCACCAGCCCUGUGUUCUGCAGCAGGCAAGGAUCUAAUACGUGCAACAUUUACAAUGCCAGCCAAUCAACACAUCCACCCAGUUGUUCCAGGUAACCAGCCCAAUGCCAGCCCCCAAGCAGAGCCUGAAGAUGCCCUGGUGAAAUCACAGAGAACUGCAGAUGGAGGGCAACCUGAGAAGUCAAGUUGUCCGGUGGGGGUCAUCUGUGGCAAAGAUCAAGUGCCCUGUGAUUUUCCUUCUCAAGAAACAGUGCAGGGAAUGGUGCAAACUGAAGAUACAGCAGCCAGGGCGUCCAGUCCUACUUGCGCUACUGUAGGUGGACCCGAAGCAGAAAGGCAGCAAGCUGUCUGCACUUCCCGGACAAGGUCCUGUGGCUCUCCAACAGGAGAAGAUGGAUGUUCAGGGAACAAACCGCCCUCUGCCGCCACCUCAGACACCCAGGCCAUGACUUCGGUGAUUCCUCAACCAUCCGACCUCCCUAGCAACGGAUCAAUGUUUCCUCCAGAUCCAGAGAAGGUGCCGCUGGCAGCACAGCCUCAAGUGUCAAGGUUUAAAGAAGCAAGUACAAUGACCAGCCAAGCUGAAAAUGAGAUCAAGAAAACCCCGCCCAGGGCUCAGCAAGAUGCCGAGGUGCAGGCAGUGGCGAGUGUCGAGAGCAGAUCGGCAUCCACCAGCCCCAGCAUCCUCGCUGCAUUCUUAAAGGAAACCCCUGCUCCAGAGCGGUUCGAACAAGAACAGCUGCGUGUCAUUUGCCACGGCAGUGCGAACCACACAUUGGAGCUCUCUGAGAACACCCUAGCCCCCCGGGAGGCUGGUCAGUGCCGUGACCUCAUGCCAGCGGUGCACAUCCAGACAGCUACAGCUGUUUCUGCAGCUUUCCAAGGAGAAAGUAAAUCAGGGAGCCUACCGGGGGAGGUCCUUAAAACCUCAGCCAUGAACAUGUCAUCCCGUGAUGCUCAGGAGACGUGUAAAGAAGACAGGAAAUCAGCGGAAAUGACCCUAGCGGGGCAAGAGCUUACCUUUAGACAGCUUUCGGGUACUAGUUCUAACUCCCUGAAAGCUAGCCCCAGUGACCAGAUUUCUUUUAGCGCAGGACGUCAAGUUGAAACAGGUCAUGGAUUAGGGAAAUGUGAAACGAAGCCAUCUGAGUUUGCAGUGGCAACCACCAGUGGCCACAAACCAGACCCCGACUGCAAACUCUCCGACUCCUGUGGCCCUGCCAGCAAAGCCGACCAGUCCAGGAGCUUGGAUCUCACAAAUGAAGGGGAUGCAAGAGAGAAGAAGCUUGCGUCUCCUCAGAUAAUGAAAGAACAAGAAUCUCCUUGCAUCGAUAUCCUGGAGGUGAGGGCAAGGGCAGAAGCCAAAAGCCUACUGCUCAAUCCUAAAUCUCAAGAAAGUGGAGGCGUGGCAUCAGGUCCCAGCCCUACACCCUCCCCAGUUAGAAGGAGCCAGGAGGGCACCGGGGAAGAAACCAGACAGACCAAGACAGCUGCCAGCCUAAGCCUGCCGUCGGAUGCCAUUGGGGACUCUAGUCCUGGCUCUGGCAAAAGGACCCCUUCUCGCUCCGUCAAAGCCAGCCCCCGCAGAGCCAGCCGGGUCAGCGAGUUCCUCAAGGAGCAGAAGUUAAACGUGACGGCUGCCGCCGCCCAGGUGGGACUCACUCCAGGAGAGAAGAAGAAGCAGCUGAGUGCCGAGUCCAAGCUCCAGUUAAAACAGUCCAAGCGUGUUCGGGACGUGGUGUGGGACGAGCAGGGCAUGACCUGGGAGGUGUAUGGCGCUUCCCUGGACCCGGAGUCCCUGGGCAUUGCCAUACAGAACCAUUUACAAAGACAAAUCAGAGAACACGAGAAGUUAAUCAAAGCUCAAAGCGGCCAGAGCCGGAGGUCCAUCUCCUCAGAUACUUCUUCUAAUAAAAAGCUCAAAGGCAGGCAGCACGGCGUUUUCCAGUCCAUGCUGCAGAACUUUCGACGCCCCAGCUGCUGCAUUCGUCCUGCUCCUUCCUCUGUGCUGGACUGAAAAGGAACGUGUCCAGAAGCCCUUGGAUACUGCUACGGGCUUCAGAGGUGUCCAUCUGUCUAUGUCAGAGCUUACUUCAUUUUUCUUCUGAGGGGCCAGGAAGAGAAAGCAUUAACUCACAGAAAUUGCUACUAACAACGGCGGGGUCCUUUGCUUGGGGCUCCAUAAAUCAAAAAUAUUGUUUCAAUUUGAAAGGAAGUGAAGAAGUAAGCUUCACUGAAGGUUUACAACCUUAAUUAAGAGGAAAUAACACUGUUUUUUUUAAUAUGAUGUUUUUAGAAUAACAUGCUCAUUACACAUGUGUCAUUUUAUAUUACUGCCUCAAUUUAUCACACUAUGGUAUUUCCAUUAAAACCCCUGCUUUAUAUUAAAAGUAGCAAAGACACUGUUAGCAAAAACAGUUAUACUUUGUAGCCCAUUGCAAUAAGAAUGCUGAUACCACACAAAAUUUAAGUAGGUGAUGAGAAAUAUCAUGGAAAAACAAUGGAAACAAAUUUGACUCAUUCCUCGGCUAGAGGGUAUAAAUAAAAGUACUUACAUGCAUAAAAUGCCAAAUAUGAAAUAAUAUUUGUAAACAUCUGCAUAUAACCCUUUUUAUAGACCUUGUUAUACCUGUUAAUAAAUGUAAGAAAGUUAUAUUAGGAAAAAAGUUAGCAAACCAUUUGAAUACUGCCCACAUAAAACAUGAAUUUAUGUAUAUACAUUUUCCUGCACUAAGGGCAAGAGUCAUCUCUGUGCUUAGAUUAAAUUCAUAUUUCCUUGCCCAAGAGGAAAUACAUGUGACUGAAUUCUUGAAGAGAAUUAUCAUAUUAUUGAUAAUACUGAAUUUUAUGUUGUUCAGCUGUCUCCAAUAACAUUCUGCUGAGAAUGUUAAGGUUCUGGUAAGGAAUUAUAAAUAGCCAAUUACCAAACACUCCUUUUCUUGUGUUGAAAAAAAGAAAGUCUCCUGAGUAACAAAACAGCAGGUUUAACUGUGGCUCCUGUAAACAGGAUGCAGUUUGUAUUUUUGUUUUGAUUUGGUUUGGUAGCUUCUAAUAGAAAAUGUAGUCAAAUAGAAAUGAGCUCCCUUGCUGCUUUUGUAUGCAGACUGAUAUCAUCUAAUUGCGUAAGACUAAUCUGUGGUUAAAAGGUAAUCUCUUCAAGCCUAUUAAUUUUAAGAGAAAUACCAUCAUAUCUCAUCCUUCCAACCCAUUAAAAGAAACUGCCUUUACUAAAACAUCAUUUGAACUUUGGGUGAGCUUAGUCCACUUUCCCUUUUCACUUUCGUGCAUUGGAGAAGGAAGUGGCAACCCACU